GGACAAAAACAUUCAGUCUGUCUUGUCCCGAGUAAUGAGCUAACUGGGCUAACUGAGCUAACCGAGCUAAGUGAGCUAAGUUAAACACUGCGAGGCGUCCGGACAACCACUACCAACCUCUGUAGCAGCUUAUACAGCGUAAGGUGAGCCAUGAAGCUCUGCCCACCUCUUCUGCUCUGCCUGGCAGCAGCAAUGUCUUCUGCCUAUGUGACUUCACCCCCACACAUGUGGACCAAACUGAUCCUGACCCACCACUGGCCCUCCAGCUUCUGUGCUUUCGAACCUUGUCAUGCCAACUUCAGCUACUGGACACUACAUGGACUCUGGCCAGAUAAAGGGCAAGCCUGCAACUCAUCAUGGCAUUUCAACUCUUCUCAAAUAGAGGACCUGCUUCCUGACAUGAGGAAAAGCUGGCCUGACUUACUUGAGCCCUUAUCUACUCAAUUCUGGAAGUAUGAGUGGAACAAACACGGUACAUGUGCAGCAAAAGCGGAGGCGCUGAGCAGUCAACAUAAAUACUUCGGCAAGGCUCUGGAGCUAUACCACAAAUUGGAUUUGGAUAGCAUCCUGAGGAAGUUCAACAUCACUCCUUCUGACAAAUACUACGAGUUUUCACAAAUUGAAGGAGUCAUAGAGACCUUCUACGGCGUUAAACCUAAGAUCCAGUGCAUCCACCCAAAAAAGAAUGCCGAUGCCCAGAUUUUGGGUCAGAUUGAGAUCUGUUUCAACCCGGACUUCACCCUCGCGAACUGUGAUAAACACGGACACCACGACAAUCGCCUGGCUGUUGACAAGACAGAGUUCAGCCUGUGUGACCCUGAUAUGCCAGUUUCCUACCCACCUCUUCCAUAAGACACAGACAAUGUGCAAACUGAAACGCAGCAACUCACUACACUCAUUCACACAUUGAAACAAAUGCAUUCUUUCAUUAACCAGUCAGUUGUACUGUAAAACUGGGAUGCACACAUACGCACACGCUAACCAUAAUUAUAUUUUUCUCAGAUUUUACCAUGAACGUCAAGGCUUUAAUGAAAUUGUAUGUUUUAAGUAGCAUUAGACAAUCAGUGUAAACUGAAAAUGUUUUUUAACUUCACAGAAAUGCUGGCUGGGACAAGUACUUGAAAAAAAAAAUCACAUUCAUUGCAUCGUUGCACCUUUAUCACAUUUAAUGCAUUACUCUUUUUUUAAUCCAUCUCAAACCAGGACACACAGACACACACUCCACUACGACAUAGUGCCUUAAUGGAUUAUGUCCCUACCUGACCCUUAGUAGUAGUUGAGUCCUAAAAUGUACAAGGUGUUGUUCCAGGACACCGCAGGAGAGCGUGUUAAGUCUAGGUCGAGGCAGGUGAGCAGACUGGCAGAGUUAGGGCUCUGUCUCUUGUGGAGUUGGCAAACGAGUGCAGCCUUGGUGUUUUUCGUGUGUGCAGACGAAUCUUUAUCUGUGUAAUGAGUAUGUAGACAAACCACAGUGCAUAUCUUUGUUUGCUUAUGUGCCACAUAUCAAUUGCCAUUUUAUUCACCUUAUUCUAGGGUUGAUUGGAUUGUAACUAUUAUAUAAAAGCUUUUUCAGCAUUAUCAUGAUUAAAUUCAACCAAUACAUUUAAAUAGCUGGUGUUCCUCUAUCAGCACUACCUACUACACAAUUAGUACUGGGUUGUGUUUUUACAUAAUUGUCAUGGCUUUUGGGGAUAGGGUCAUCUUAAGACCCACACUGCUGCUUAACUACUAGAGGUAGCUGCCCUCUCAUGUUUGUGAAGUACAUCAGCUAUUAUCGAAGUUGUGCUUUAGGCCUGGUUAGGUCUGUGCUGCCGGAGGGCUGAUAAUCACAGUAACAUGAUUGAAAACAAUAGAAAGUACUAAUAAUAUAUGGAGGUGUAGAAAAAUGGCUUUAAUUCUGUAGGACACACCCCAAGUACGAUACAUCCAAAAAAGGAUAUCGCACACAUUGAUUAUGCACCAUUUUUGACACACGGACAAAUCAAACCUGUUUCCUCUAGGAUGUAACAACUGUUUUUAUAAACAAUGUUUUGGGGAACACAGAUUUCUACUUUGACUUUUCUCUGUUGGUUCUGUUUGUAUUUGUCUUUUUUUUUAUUUGCAAAGAUGAAUUGAUUAAUUGCAGGUUGAAAUAUGAUUAUAGCCGUAGGGGACAAAUUUGUGAAAUGUAUCAAAUUAACAUUUGUACAUUUUUAACGUCAAUAAAACAUUUGGUAUCAUGACAA